CACAAAAUUCCCACAUCAUUCAACGAACACUAGCAACAGUAGUGAGUGACAAACUAACUUCUGAUCUUUUACUCUAUCCAUUCCCAAAAGCCAUUACUCUUAACACUCUAACCUUCUUCAAUGGCUACCACAUCUACCACCACCACCACCUCCCUCUUUUACUCCAAAUCUUCCAUCAAACCCUCUUUUACCCCCUCAAAUCCUAACCUCUUCCCCUUCUUAACCACUCGAACUCGUCGCCUUCGGCUCACUCCAAUGAUGGUUACAGGAACAGACUUCCUAGGCGAUUUCGGAGCCAGGGACCCUUUCCCAGCUGAACUAGAGAGCAACUUCGGAGAAAAAGUCCUAGGAAACGUGAGCACAGAACAUAAGAUUCUCAUCCCACAUACUUCAGCUAUCGCUCUUUCGGAACAGCCUUGCAUUCCUAUAUCUCCUACUGAUGCUCCGAUGUCUAAGGAUGAUGCUAAGCAGCUCCUCUUGAAGGUUGUCGGAUGGCGGUUACUCGAAGACGUAACCGAAGAUGGUAAGGUUGUGUUGAAGUUGAAGGGUUUGUGGAAGUUGAAGGAUGUUGAAGCCGGAGUUGAGUUGAAAGAUAGGAUUUCUAAGGUUGUUCAAAGUGCUGGACAUUCUCAUUCCCCUGUUUUUCAUCAGGAGGAUAAUAAUCAGAUCACUGCUGUGUUGUGGACUGAGCAAAUUGGUGGGUUGAGUGUUAAUGAUUUUAUUGUUGCCGCUAAAAUUGAUAAGGUUAAGAUUUCUGAUCUUCUUCCUAAGAAGAGAUUUUGGGCUUAGUAUUUUUUGUUAUUUAAAGUUGUAUCUUAUCUCCCAGAUUUCUGAUCUUCACUUUUUUACCCCAAUCUUAUCUUUAUGUCAAGUGAUUUUGUACGUAAUUACUAUAUUUCAUCUGUCCGAAAUUAAUAGUUACGUAUAUCAAGUAUAUUUCUUUAGUAACUAUUCUAAAUAAUAGUUGCAUAAAGUAUUAUUUUUGGUUGA